AUGAUUCGCAGAUGGUUUGCUACUAAGGUUGGAUACCAUGAUCCGAAUUUUAAAACGAACCAAUUGAUACUUUCUGUUCUCAAAUCGACUGCAACCAGGAGAGAGGCUAAGGACUAUAUAUCGAAAUAUGGAAAACCAGGAGUCUUGAAUCACUGUAUUAUUUACAUGAGAGAUGUUUCUUCUUAUUCACAGGGGUUGAUUCAAGACCUUACAGCUACAAUAGGGAGAUUGCAAAUGUUAGGGGUAAGUCCUGUGGUGGUGCUUAGUCCCUCGCCGAAUGUGACCAAGGAAUGCAAUGACUUGAGAGGCUUUUUGCAUAAUUACGGAUUAAAAUCCGUGCCGGUGUCCAACUGUAUGUCUUGGAAGGAGAACGGUGAUGUAUCUGUUAAAAUACCAGAGCUCAGUGCGGUAAUGCCAAUAAUUCUACCUUUUAUAUAUGAUGAGAAACUUGGGAAAACGGUUAUGGUUCAUAACAAAACUAGUUUUAUGAGUCAAUUGGUAUCUCACAUCCCUUAUCACAUUGAGAAAUUUUUCAUAAUUAAUGAGCUCGGUGGCAUACCCUCAGUUGAAAGACAUCAGAAAAGUCAUGUGUUUGUGAAUCUCUCUCAGGAAUACGAGUUGUUGGCAGAGCAGUUACAGAAACAGAUUUCCGAUAUAGAUGCUUUGAGCUCGUUGUCCCACACAGAGACGGUGGAAACGGUCAUCAAUAGAGAUAAACUUUUAGCGAGAAAACAGCAGUUGCUCAAACAUAAAGAGGAUCUAGAGAUGAUGAAUGCGGUAUUGACGCAACUCUCGCACCCAUCUACAGGACUAGUUACCAACGUCUCCUCCGCUGCUGUUCAUUCCAAAAAGAAUCCAUUGUUGCAUAAUGUGCUCACUGAUAGAUCAUUGAUUUCCUCGUCAUUGCCUAGUUUUAAGCGACGCGACAUAUUGCACAAUCAUGCUUGGUAUGAGUUGCCAGAUACAACAACGAAGGAGGAGCCUGCAUCUUCAAAUGAGCCAAUAUUUUCCACAACGGUUUUAAAGCAGGGUGUUGACAUAAAGGUUUAUAAUCACAGCACCUUAACGCCCCAGAACACUAUUGGAUUAGCACCUGAUGAAUUUGAAACUCCCCUCAACGAAAAAAUACCCACCGGCGACAAACUAGACUUGUAUAAAAUCAGAAGAGUAAUAGAGAAGAGUUUCGGUCGUUCACUAAACCUCGAGCAUUACUUAAAGAGAAUAAACGGACACAUAGCAAGCAUCAUUGUAAUUGGUGAGUAUGAGGGAAUCGCAAUAUUGACACAUGAAGGGCCCGAAGGUCGGAAAUUUGCGUAUCUUGACAAAUUUGCAGUGCUUCCACAUUUACGAGGAUCGCUAUGCAUUUCUGACAUCAUAUUUAAUUUGAUGUUUAAGAAGUUUCCCCAUGAGCUAUUGUGGAGGAGCAAACGUGAUAAUAUUGUUAACAAGUGGUAUUUCCAGCGUAGUGUUGCAGUAAUGGACCUAUCUCUCAAUUUGGGCGACGGAGACGAGAAGAACAGCAUGUUUAAGUUAUUUUACUAUGGAGAUAGAGAUAAGGAAACGUUCGAAAACUUGAACAGACUUAAAGAGUAUGCAGUCUGCAUUAGGGAUAUUCAACCAUCAUGGAAUGAUGAAGUAACGUAA